UCAAUGAGUGAUGCAAACCAGGACCUCAAGUUUGUCAUUGACGCAGAGAAUCCCUACAACUAUCAGCCACAGGGAUUCCAUCCUAUCCAUAUUGGUGACUCUUUCUCAGAUGGACGAUACACCGUCUUACACAAGCUUGGCCAUGGCAAAUCAUCCACAAUUUGGGUCGUCCAUGACGCCAACGACAAUAGCUUGAAGUCGCUCAAAGUCGUCGCUGCGUGGAGAUCUGACACUGAGGUCCAGGUUCUGCGACACUUGGAGGCCAAUUUCGACGAACAGGAGGAGGGCAGCCAACAUGUUGCGCGUAUGUUUGACGCCUUCAUCCACGAGGGCCCCAAUGGCAGGCACCAGUGCAUUGUCGGCGAGGUACUCGGCCCAAACUUGGCAUCCUACGUUGGCAAUUUUUGGGCUUCGGAACGCUUCCCGCCAGAGAUGGUUCGACGAAUGUUUGGUCAAAUUGCAUUGGGAGUUCGAUAUUUGCACAAGCGAGACGUUGCCCAUGGCGAUCUCCACCAGGGAAACAUUCUCCUCCGUCUCCCUAUAACCUGGCGGACCGCUUCGGAUGUCGAGCAAGACCUGGGCGUGGCCGGCGAACACGAAUAUGGCGCAGACUUGACAUCACCGCAUCAGCCACGAUACCUCGUCCCUGGAAUGUGCGAUGACCCAUAUCUACUCCAACUCUGCCUCCGUCAACCACAUAUCAAGAUUUGCGAUUUCAGCGAGUCGAGUAUUCCCACUCUAACUGAUCCACCGUAUCUUGCCUCACCAUUGAUACUCCGUCCACCCGAAGCUAUACUUGGCUUUCUGGAGCAUCCCACUCUCCAGAGCGACAUCUGGGCUCUUGCCGUACUCUGUCAUCUUUUAUUCGCAAAUGGUCGCAGUCUAUUUUACAGAGGCGACAAAAUGCUCCUCGACAUGGUCCUCAACCUUGGGAAACUCCCCGAGGAAUUAUGGACAAGUUGGCCUGGCCAUACAGACUUUGACGACCAAGGACGGGCAAUCCGCGGACCGAAUGUGUCGAUUUUCUUGAAGUUUGGGUUUGAAACUAUACCGGAAGGAAAAGAGCGAAAGGUCUUGGAAACGUUGCUCAGGUCGAUGGUAUGCUAUGACACACAAAAACGGCUUACCGCCGAGCAAGUAGUCGUUAGCGAGUGGGUCGCGGAGUACUGCCGGCCACAGAUGGGCCCCGAGGUAACAUAUGUCGUGGAGAACAUGGAUGAGUAG